GGAGCGCCUUUACUGUAGUAGAAUCCGUGAUAUGGCGUCUUGCUUCACACGAGUCCGUCCAUACGAGUCCUGAGGCAUGAUUUUCCAAACGCAGACUGCUCUUUCACCGCUUUAAACCAGACUGACGCAAGACUACCGAACACACGGCCAGAUUUAGACGUUUUUUCCAUUUUCAAACGCAUUUUUGCUAAUUUCCUGCGGUAUAAACUUGUUUAUUAGCUUUAGCCAGGUAGCUUGUAUUUGGGAAUUGGAAAAGUAUGAUCAGCCCGGCUGUGGAUUAAUCGUCCUGUCUCAACAGAAGAUUCAUUUUUCUCUUGUGAAACCGCAAUGUCACAUACUGUAGUAAAUAUAGCCUGUUGUUUUUGUUAUUCUAAAAGCAGAGCUGUCUGAAGUUGGUUUAGAUUUGUAAAAUACAGGAAAACUGGAGAUCACCGCGAGGAAAUCUGUUCAGGAGAGCAGACUAAAGCCCUUUCUGCCUUCAAACUAAUCAGUUUAGACCAAACCAAGGCCGAAAAUCCACCCAAAGCCUUUUCAUUUCAUCUUCAGAGAGAGAAUAAAGCACAAAAACAGGCUGAUAUGAUGUUUCCACAAGCCAGGCACUCGGCUUCGUCUCAGUCGACCCAGCCGCUCAAAUUCACCACGUCGGACUCUUGUGAUCGCAUCAAAGAUGAGUUUCAGUUCCUGCAGGCACAAUAUCACAGUCUGAAGAUGGAAUGUGAUAAACUGGCGAGUGAGAAAUCUGAAAUGCAGCGUCAUUACAUAAUGUAUUAUGAGAUGUCAUACGGACUCAACAUGGAAAUGCACAAACAGGCGGAGAUUGUGAAGAGAUUGAAUGGAAUCUGUGCUCAGGUGUUGCCUUACCUGUCUCAAGAGCACCAGCAGCAGGUCCUGGGGGCGAUUGAGCGAGCCAAACAGGUCACCCCUCCUGAGAUGAACUCUAUUAUUCGACAGCAGCUUCAGGUUCACCAGCUCUCUCAGCUUCAGGGUUUGGCGUUACCCAUGACCCCUCUGCCCCUGGGCUUGACUCCGCCCACCAUGCCCGCCGUCACCUCCAGCUCCGGCCUCCUGUCUCUGUCCAGCAUCCUCGCAUCUCACGCACACCUGGCCAAGGAGGACAGGAGCUCCCGCGACGGGGCCGAGGGCCACCGCGAGGACGACGCAGACAAAUCCAACUAGCCUUCAUACAGACGCUUCGAUUCUGUGCAGAAGAAGAGCCAGCUCCUGUCUCACCCGAUUGGGUCUGAUUCAAUAUCUCUCUCUCUCUCUCUGUUACUACAGCAAAUCUUUAUUCUGUUUGAUUCAUUUUCUUUUCAUUAGUGGUGUUUGCUAAGGCUCUAUUAAUAUUGCUCAUACUUGGGGUUAGUGAUUUGAACAAACCCCUAUCCCUAAAUCUUGAACUCCAGCAUGUAUCAAGGUCCUUAUCCAGAGACCUGACUAUAAUAGAGACUCUCAAUAGUCACCCAGAAUGCCUGGCAAUGCUCUGGCAACAACCGAGUAAUUGCACAGUUGUCCUCUCAAGCACCCCUAACAUAACCACUCAAAAUACUUCUGAUACCUACUAGUCAGUAUAUUUCAUCAUAUUCUGUUCUGGGCAUAUCUAGUUAAGAGUUUUAACAAUCUGGUGAACCUGUCACAGGAAUUAAUAUACAUGUUUUACAUGAGACAACACUGUCUAUAUUGUCCUCAGAAAGGUCUAAAUGCCUUACGAAGGCCUUACCCAGUGUGUGUGUGUGUGUGUGUUUGUGUGUAGGACAGUGACAGAUGAAAACAGGGAUGUUCAUGUCAUGCUAGUUGUUCUGUUUGCGGUGCAUGUGUUUCCAUGAGUGAGCGUGCAGCUGUGAUACUAUCAGACUACUACUAGAGCAGUGUACUCAGCAGAUUUCAGUCUUGACCCUUGAUUUGAUCUGCUUUUAGUUAAUACUAAACUUCACUUCCUAUUAUUAAUGACUGAAAGUAUAUUGUUAGUGAUUAAAACGGCGAUUUAGUCAAUCAAGAUACUAAAAAGCAUUUAAAUGUAAUUUUUAAUAUUCAAAUUAUUGAACUCUAAACUAAAAUGCAAAAACAAUCGAGACUUAAGACUGAAACUGAUGUCUUGUGUAAUUACAAUAAUAAUCAAAUAAAAAAAUCAAUCAACUAUUUAUUUUAGUAAGUUGUUUUAAUGUCUAAAAUCACACUUUACAGUAAGAUCUCGUUUGUUAACUUGAGUUAAUGCAGUGACUGUCAUCAACUAACAAUGUAUUUUUACUGCACGUAUUAACCUUUGAUAAUGUUAGUGAAUAUUAAUACAAUUAUUCAUGCUUUGUAUUAAUAGCCUAAAUGCUGAACCUAACAUUAACUAAGAUUAAUAAAUGCUGUUUAAGUAUUGUUAAUGUUAACAAAUAAAACACUCUUGUAAAGCAUUACCAAUAUAACAGAUAAAAUCUCAUCUUUGUCAUAAUUUUCAAAGGCAGUUUAAUAAAUAACCUGUUUUAUUUUGAAUGGCCGCUGCAUGCUCAGUGUAGCACACAGUACACACUGCUCACUCAGUAGUAUGCUAGUAUUCAAGGAUGUUUUAAAGACAAGACUACUUAAGGUUGUACAUAUGCACGGGUGCAUUGUGGGUAUUUUCUAAUUGUGUGUUCCUGGACAUUUGUUUUUUGUGUCCCAUGAUGUAUGCUAAGAAACGCUCACCGUUGAGCCCUGGAUCGCUUCUUUUAAUCUACAAAUGAAGUUUUCUGAUUUCUAGAUAUUUUCCCAGUUUAUUUCGCUUGAGCUCAGAAACCGACGGCCAGUUUAUAUACAUGUAUGAAUAUAUCAAUAUACAUUUAACUUUGUAUGUAUAAAGCUAUGUUUAUGGUGUAUGUGGCCACAUUUAGCGCAGGUUAUAUUUACAGAAAUCUCUGAUCAUUUAAUAAUCAAGUGUAGCACUGGCUGGUCUCGACUAGUUCUAGCUGCUAAAGGAGAAAUGAUUAGUUCAGCGGUUGGUCUUGGUCUCAAUCUCAUGAACAUCAGCCGUAAAGGUGGAGUUUGUUACUUAAAUCCACUGACUCGAACGAUUCCUGAAGCCUCCUUCUUCUGAGGACUCAUCUGAUAUUUGCCACAUUUUGGAGCUUUGUAGUAGUUUUUUAAAAGGUGUGUGUGUGUUGUGACAUGAUGUACUUGAUGGAAAUGUAUGUUGUUUGUGUUGAUAAACUGCUAUUAUACUUCAUUUAAAGACGAUUGUUGGAAGAAAAAGGUUAAACGUGUACUAAGAAUGAGAGCUUGAGCAGUAAGGAAGUGUUUAUGGUGCCUUACAAAUAAAAGAUUCAUUGGACCUUUA